GCUCCUCGAUAAAAGCACCUUAGCUAUUGUUCAUUUCGAAAUCCAUAUUGUGUCAUGUGAAGCAACAGCACGCUAUGAUAUCGAGCAGACCCACAGUCCUUGCAAGGCUACAGCUCAACGCUUAUUGACUUAAUACAUCCACCUCAAUCGCGCCAUACCAGCUGUUCGCAGUAUUCUCAGUCAUGAAAAGCCCCUACACCACGGCGCCGCUUAGCCAUGAUACCUCAACGGCUCAGUUCAGACUCCUUGAAUUGCAUCCAAGCACGCAGUCCUCUCUGAUUAAGUGCAGUCUUCGAUCCUAUUCAUUCGACAAGAGCUAUCCAGCUUACAAAGCACUGUCUUACACUUGGGGGUCAGUGUAUGAUACUCGUCAACUACGUCUCAAUGGAUAUAACUUUCCGGUUUCCCGCAAUCUGUGGAUAUUCCUAGAGCAGAUGUGUCUACAGAAGCAAUUCGGAUUCUAUUGGAUUGAUGCUAUUUGUAUCGACCAAAACAAUACACUAGAAAAGAAUCAUCAAGUUCAAAUGAUGCGACGGAUCUAUAGCACUGCCGAGAAAGUGACGAUCUGGCUCGGUGAAGCCAGUCGAGACCAGACAAGCGACAUGGCUAUGGACAUAGUGACUAGCACACAUGCAAUGGCUCUAAACACGACAGUCGGCAUGCAUAGGUACAAAUGGCCAUUGGUCUGGGACGAGAUAACAACGUGCGCUGUGUAUCAACUUCUUUCUAGGGACUACUGGACGAGAAUCUGGAUCGUACAAGAAACUAUGGUUGCCAAAGACAUUUCAGUGUACUGCGGGUCGAAGAGUUUUGAAUGGCAAGCCUUAAGAAGUGUUACAGACUAUGUAACCUUUUCACUUCCGAAGUACUUGGAAGACAAAAUCAAUGUUGGUGGCACACCAGCCUUCAUUCUGAUGGCUACACGGAACUUAACCCACCUGAGUAAAGAACAAAAAAGUCUCUCUGAACUGCUCUGUUACUACAGAGUCUGGAAAGCGUCAAAUAUUCUCGACAAGGUGUACGCAUUAUGUGGAAUCGCAAGCGAUGGUGACAACAUUACUAUCGAUUAUGAUAUCUCACCAGAGGAACUGGUAGCUCAUCUCCUCAAUCAAGUUCCUGAAAGUUCCUCAGAACAUGAGCGGAGAGAUUUAGAAUAUUGGGCAAGGAAAGCUUUGGAACUUGAUCAAAAAGGUGUACGCUUCGCAGCAAAAGCUAUAGUUUCAACCAUUUUUAUAUUUCUCGUAUACAGCGUAGUGGACUAUCUCCUCCGAUAUAAAUAGCAAGCUUUUCCUUAAUUUACCAGAAUGAAAUUUUA